AUGAGUGUGAAUAAAUCAAUCGUUAUCCAAAAAGAAAGACUUGCCAAGUUAUUAAAAGCUGAAAGUAAUUACAAAAAGAGUCCGAAGGACAGAAUAACACGAGGAUAUAUAGAAACUAGACUAGAAAAUGUUGAUGCUUUAUGGAAAGAAUUUAAUCAGGAGCAUUAUAAUAUUUACGGUUCAGCAACUACAGAAGAAAUCAAAACUCAAGAGUAUUUUGUUAAAGGGAUAUACGAUAUUUUUGAAGAAACUUACACUCACUACAAGGGCUGUUUAAGAGAGGCUCUUCGUGGAACGGGAGAUGUCUUUGAGGAAGCCCAAGGGUCCAUGGAAUCUCAGUCUGUCGUAGAAAAACACAGGUCCAACGAAGUCAAAUUACCAAAAAUCGAGUUACCAAAAUUCUGUGGUAAAUAUGAGGACUGGCAGCAAUAUUUUGAUCUUUUUACCUCACUUAUACACAAGAACCGUAGCUUGUCCGCUGUAGAAAAACUGCACUAUCUUAAAAGUACUUUAUCAGGCGAAGCUGAAGUUCUAAUAAGAAAUUUGCCCACCACGGAUUUAAACUACGAUGCUGCCUGGAAAAAAUUGAUAGCUCGAUACAACAACAAAAGGUACAACUUAAACAUAAUACUCAAGAAUUUAUUCAGUCAAAAACAAAUAACUAGCGAAUCAGCCCAUGCAAUUAGAAGUUUGUUGGAUACAACAACGUCGUGCAUCACCUCAAUUAAUAAUUUAGGAAUCGAGACAAAGCAGUGGGAUGUCAUCCUCAUUUUCUUAGUGGUGUCCAAGCUAGACAAUGAAUCACUCCGUCAAUGGGAAGUCAAUACCAGUGGAAUUGCAUCCGAUGCCUUACCUUCGUGGUCUGAUCUGGUACUAUUUUUAGAAUCUCGUUUUCGGACACUGGAAAUGAUUGACAGUGGUAAACAAAUUUCCAAGGCUCCUCAAUACAAACGUACAGAGAAGGUUAAAUCAUUUGCAUCAGUUCACGACAACAUUACAAAACAUCAAUGUACUAUGUGUUCGGGAGAUCAUUUUCUCUACCAAUGCAAGAGCUUUGGACAACUAAUACCACGUGAGAGACAAGAGUUUGUACAGACCAAAUCGCUAUGUUAUAACUGCUUAUCACCCACUCACUCAGUAUACAAAUGUCGUUACACAACAAGUUGCCGUAGAUGUGGUAGACGACAUCACUCCUUGCUUCAUCAAGAGAAGGAGAAACAGCAAGAGCUUACCAAUAAAUCGGAAAACAAUCACGCGCACACACAAUCACAGCGACAAAAUCAAGCAGAUAUUCAACAUUCAUCACCCAAUCAUGGCGUGAACGUCGUUGCCAAUUUUGCGAAGGAAGAAACGGUCAUCGGUUCAGCUGACGUUCUUUUGGCAACGGCCAUUGUGAAAGCGUAUUCAUUCAACGGGAAGUAUUGUCUACUGCGUGCCUUGAUCGACCAAGGCUCUCAAGCCUCCUUUGUAACAGAAGAGACUGUUCAGACGUUAGGCCUUAAACGUAUACCUGUUAGCGGCUGCGUGUCAGGGGUAGGAGAUGGUCGACUGCAUAUAAGACAUAUGGUUUCUUUCCGUAUUGAGUCUCGUAGGGACCCAAGUAAAUGUAUUCAAAUUUCUGCUUACGUAUUAAGAUCUCUUAUUUCGCGUUUGCCUUCUAGCAAACCCUCAUCACCUGAUUGGUCAGAAAUCGAGAACCUAUCACUGGCCGAUCCAGGAUUUAUUUCACCUGGUAGAAUCGACGUUUUACUAGGAGCCGAAGUAUACGGCGACAUCAUUUUGAAUGACAUCAUCAAACACCCAGAGGGACACUUAUUAGCACAAAACACUAUCUUUGGGUGGAUCAUUUCAGGUAAGGUGCCGCAAGGAGCACCAACUGAUGUCACAAAAAUGGUAAGUUUAAAUAUUCAAGUCAAAGAAGACUUUUUACUCAAACAGUUUUGGGAGUUAGAAAAUGAGCCAAACUCAAUUCAAAAGAAAUUCAGCAAGAUGGAAGAAAAAUGUGAAGAGUUUUUUGAUUUAACUACUACUAGAAACAAGGAAGGUAGGUUUGUGGUUAGAUUGCCUUUUAACAGCGAUGAUCCAGAGUGUCAAUACGGAGGAUUAAAGGAGAUAGCACAGAAAAGAUUUUAUCAUUUGGAGAAGAAGCUACAGAAGAACCCGAAAUUAAAAGAAGAAUAUGGUAAGGUAAUGCAGGAAUAUCAGGACCUGGGUCACAUGAAGGAAAUUAAGGACGAAGCAAUUCAUCCAAAGGCAGUGUAUUUUCCACAUCACGCCGUCGUAAGGGAAGACAGAGAGACGACAAAAUUACGUGUUGUUUUCGACGCAUCAUGUAAGGGCGCGAACGGCGUUUCGUUGAAUGACAACCUCCUUAUGGGUCCCAAACUACAGCAAGAUUUAAGGCACAUUUUGAUGAGAUGGCGAAGAUUCCCAAUAUGUAUAGUUGCAGACAUAGUCAAAAUGUACCGGCAGGUACGUAUACACGAUGACGACACACGCUUUCAAAGGAUAUUAUGGAGAUUCAACCCAGAUGAACCACUGGGUCAAUUCGAGUUGCUUACACUCACCUUUGGAACAGCAUGUGCACCUCAUCUAGUAGUAAAAUCACUGCAACGUUUAGCAGACGAUGAACAACUCAACUUCCCUACAGCAUCAGAAGUCACGAAACGAGAUUUCUAUGUCGACGAUUUAAUGACAUGCUGUGAAACAGAAGAAGAAGCUAUUCAAAUUUAUACUGAAAUGAACAAGCUAAUGGAAGCGGGCGGUUUUCAAUUACAGAAGUGGAGUAGCAACAACAAGGUAUUGCUCCAGUUCAUCGGUCAAGAUAAUCAGAAAACAGCUCCAUCAAUUUACAUUAAGGCUGACAACAUGGUAAAAGUUCUGGGCAUUUGUUGGAACAGAGAUUCAGACGAAUUUCAAUAUACAGUAGAGUUACAUGAAGUUAAUAAAUCACCAACAAAGCGCCAGGUGUUGUCUGAUAUUGCUCGUAUAUACGACCCAAUGGGUUGGAUUGCUCCAGUUGUUUUAACUGCAAAGGUUUUCAUUCAAAAAUUGUGGAAGUCUGGGUUGUCUUGGGAUGAUGAACUUCCUGAAGAUUUGUUACACGAAUGGCUCAAAUACAGAGCUGAACUCUCAGAACUAAAAACCAUAUUUAUUCCAAGAUGGCUAAAUUUUAAUCAAGGUUGUGAAGUUGAAUUGCAUGCCUUCGCAGACGCAUCUCAAAUGGCUUACGCUGGAGUGGUGUACUUUCGAACAAUAAACUCUAAUGGCGAAAUUCACGUACACCUACUUACUUCAAAAACAAAAGUAGCUCCGAUUGAGAAACAACUAUCAAUUCCACGAUUGGAAUUAUGCGGAGCGGUUUUAGCUGCAAAAUUGCUUAACGAAGUGGCACAAGUUAUGAAUGUACCUAAGCAUAGGCUCUACGCAUGGACAGACUCCACCGUUGUUUUGGCGUGGCUUCGUGGAUUGCCAUCAAGAUGGACAACCUUCGUUAGCAAUAGAGUAUCGGAAAUUCUUAACAUUAUAGAAAGUAGUCAGUUUAAUCAUGUUGGUACGAAGUUCAACCCCGCGGAUUGCGCAUCCAGAGGGCUACAACCAUCUGAUCUCAAAAGAGAGAAGCUCUGGUGGAGUGGACCAAUAUUCCUUUAUGAAAGAAAUAUUACAUUUUCAAAAUUAGACUACACAACACAAGAAGAAACAAGAGCUAGUAAAUCACAGAAAAUCAAGACUUUAGUUGCACUGAAAAAAGAAGACGAAAAUCAACACUUGAUAGAAGAAGAAAAGAAUUUCUUUUGGAGUAAAUAUUCAUCGCUGAAGAAAAUGUUGCGGAUUGUCUCAUAUGUGAGGAGAAUUUUUAGUUUUAGAUUACAAAAUAUCGAAAGGGAGAAGUAUCCGGAUUAUAUCACAGCGAAAGAAAUGAAUGAUUCUUUAUUAAGUUGUGUUAAGAGAGUACAACAUCUGUGGUUCAAGGAGGAAAUCGCGCAACUUAUGUCUGGAGGUUAUGUCCCUAAGAAAAAUUCAAUGCACGCUCUCAACCCCUUUUUAGACGAAAUGGGACUUCUGAGAGUAGGUGGCCGAAUAAAUUUAUCACAUUUGAGUUACGACGAACAACAUCCCUUAAUAAUGCCUGAGAUGAGUCUUCUUACCCAGGUCAUUGUAGAGGAUGCUCAUAGCUCAACGAUGCAUGGUGGACCUCAAGCUAUGCUCAAUUACAUAAGAAGCAAAUUUUGGAUAAUACAUGCUAGAAUAUUACUCAAGAAAUUGUUUCGACGUUGCGUCACAUGUAUUAGGUAUUCUCAACGUAAAGUCACCCCACUGAUGGGUCAGUUACCGGAAGUUCGUUUGAAACCAAAUAAGGUUUUUAUGUCAUCAGGUGUGGACUACGCGGGCCCCAUAAAUCUCAGAUUUUCUCCUGGUAGAGGAGCUAAAUCCUACAAAGGCUACGUUUGCUUAUUUGUUUGCAUGGUAACACGCGCUAUCCACAUAGAAGUGGUAUCUGAUUUGACUUCCAAGGGUUUUAUUGCCGCUUUUCGUAGGUUUGUUGGUCGUCGUGGUCGUUGCACCGACUUGCAUUGCGACAAUGGCACUAACUUUGUUGGUGCUGACAAAGAGCUCAGAGAAAUUUUCAACGCAACUAAAUCAAAAAUUCCUCAAGAGAUUGCGGAAUUAUUAGCUAUGGAAGGAACAAAGUUCCAUUAUAUUCCACCUCUUAGUCCUAACUUUGGUGGUCUUUGGGAAGCAGGUGUGCGCUCAGUUAAGACACAUUUAAAGAAGGUGAUAGGGGAUCGUACUCUGACCUAUGAGGAAAUGUGUACGGUUUUAGUGCAGAUCGAAUCUUGCCUCAAUUCUCGACCACUUACUCAGUUAAGUGAACAUUCAGUCGACCCUCUCCCCUUGACGCCUGGUCAUUUUCUAGUAGGUGAACCUCUCAUUAAUGUAUGUGACAAUAAUUUUGCGAAUCAAACUGAAAAUGUUAAUUUAACUAGUAGAUGGAAAUUAGUCCUAAAAAUUGCGAAUGAUUUCUGGCAUAGAUGGUCAAAAGACUAUUUAUUAAAUUUAGAUAAGAGAUAUAAAUGGACUACAAAAAAAUCAGAACCUGAUGUUGGUGAUAUUGUAAUUGUUAGAGAGGAUAAUCUUCCUCCAACUAAAUGGAUUCUUGGUAGAAUCAUUGAAACACAUCCAGGCAAAGAUAACAUCACUCGUGUUAUUACGAUAAAAUGCAAGGACAAAUUGUUGAAACGUCCUAUAAAUAAACUUUGUUUACUGCCUAAAUAA